UGUGCUGACAUGCUGGCAUGACUGAUUUGAAUAACAACACAUGCAAUGUUAUCUUUCCCCCUAGGGGAAUGUAUAUAAAGAUAAACCACCUCAUUGGCCACCAGCACAGCAAGCAGAACGAGCAGCUCGCCAACCAAACGCAAAUAUGAUGGGAAAGAUCAUCUUCUACGAGGACAAGAACUUCGGUGGCCGUCACCAUGAGUGCAUGAGUGACUGCGCUGAUCUUCACUCCAUGUUCAACCGCUGCCAAUCCAUCAGGGUGGUGAGCGGUAUGUUCAUGAUCUACGAGCACCCCAACUUCAUGGGACACCAGCAUUUCCUGAGGAAGGGAGAGUACUCCGACUACAUGCGCAUGAUGGGAAUGAACGAGUGUGUCAAGUCCUGCCGCAUGAUCCCCAUGCACCGUGGUAACUUCAAGAUGAGGCUGUACGACCGCUCUGACAUGGGAGGCCAGAUGAUGGAGCUGGAUGACGACUGCCCCAACUGUAUGGACCGUUUCCGUAUGUCCGACUUCAACUCCUGCAACGUGAUGGAUGGCCACUGGCUGAUGUAUGAUCAGGCCAACUAUAGAGGACACCACUACUACCUGAGGCCCGGCCAGUACCGUAGAUACAACGACUGGGGAGGCAUGAGCUCCAAGAUCGGCUCAAUCAGGCGCAUUAUGGACCUCUAAAGAAGGAAGGGUCCUUGUAAAAUGUCUACUUUAUGCCUUGUUUCACACACUGAAUAAAAUGGUGUCAGUG